AUGCAGAGGUCACUAGGAAGGAAAGCCUGCUGAACACAGAUUCAAUUUUCUAGCAGAACUCCAGGUCCUCUGAGUUAAAGGAAGCAUUUAUGGACGCUUAGCAGGGCCCAGAUAUUCACUAUUAAGUGUCCAGGAAGGAUCUUUCUUAUAUAAAGGUGCUUCUGAGGACUUCCAGAGUUACAAUGGAGGAGGAAUCGGGGGAGGAACUGGGGCUGGACAGGUCUACUCCCAAGGAUUUCCACUUUUACCACAUGGACCUGUAUGACUCUGAAGACAGACUGCACCUCUUUCCAGAAGAGAACACUAGGAUGAGGAAAGUAGUCCAAGCUGAAAUGGCCAAUGAGUCAAGAGGAGCAGGGGAUGGUAAGGCUCAAAGAGACCUUCAAGAGGAAGUGGAUGAACUUGUCCACUUAUAUGGACUUGAAGAUGAUCAUGAAUUAGGGAAUGAGUUUGUUGAUGAAAACAUACCCAGAACAGGGGUUUCAGAAUAUCCUCCUUAUAUGAUGAAGAGGAGAGACCCAGCCAGGGAGCAGAGAGACUGGAGACUUAGUGGAGAGGCAGCGGAGGCCGAGGACCUGGGCUUCGGAGGGUGGGGCUCAGCAGGCCAGUGCCAGGACUUGCGGGAAGCCUAUAGGUACACACACGGCCGUGCCAGCGAGGAGUAUGAAUGCUAUGUCAUCCCCGAGGAAGAGGAUGAAGAAGAAGCUGCUGAUGUCUUCUGUGUCACUUGUAAGACUCCAAUAAGAGCUUUUCAGAAGGUUUUUGAUGAACAUAAGGAGCAUGAAGUGAUCCCACUCAAUGAAGCACUGGAAAGUGCCAAGGAUGAAAUUCACAAAAACAUGUACAAAUUGGAAAAGCAGAUAAUUGAGAUGGAAAACUUUGCAAAUCACUUGGAGGAGGUUUUCAUCACUGUGGAGGAGAAUUUUGGAAAACAAGAACAAAACUUUGAGUCACAUUACACCGAGAUCUUGGAAACACUUGCUCAAAAAUAUGAGGAAAAAAUACAAGCUCUAGGGGAGAAAAAGAAAGAGAAGCUGGAAGCCUUAUAUGGACAACUGGUCAGCUGUGGAGAAAACCUAGAUACUUGCAAAGAACUGAUGGAAACAAUAGAGGAGAUGUGUCACGAGGAGAAGGUGGAUUUCAUAAAGGACGCAGUGGCUAUGGCUGACAGACUCGGGAAAUUCCUGAAAACAAAAACAGACGUGGAAAUCUCUGCACAGCCUGAGUUUGAAGACCAGACCUUGGAUUUCUCUGAUGUGGAGCAGCUGAUGGGAUCCAUUAACACCAUUCCAGCUCCUUCUGCUCCAGUCAUAAAUCCACAGGUCCCUAACUCAGCCACAGGUUCCUCAGUCCGAGUGUGCUGGAGCUUAUACUCCGACGACACUGUGGAGAGCUAUCAGCUGUCCUACCGGCCAGUGCAGGACAGCUCACCUGGGAAGGACCAAGCAGAGUUUACAGUGACUGUCAAAGAAACAUAUUGCUCAGUGACAAACCUUGUGCCAAAUACCCAGUAUGAAUUUUGGGUCACAGCUCACAACAGGGCUGGCCCCAGCCCCUCUAGCGAGCGUGCAGUGUACAUGACAGCACCUUCUCCCCCCAUUAUUAAAACCAAAGAGAUAAGGAGCUGUGAAGAGGCUGUGCUGAUUUGCUGGGAGUCUGGGAACCUGAAUCCUGUGGACUCGUACACUGUGGAGCUGACCCAGGCUGAAAGUCCAGAAGCCUCGGGUGUAACUGAGUCUGUUGUGGGCAUCCCGACCUGCGAGUCCGUGGUGCAGCUGCAGCCGGGGCGGAGCUACAUUAUCUAUGUGCGAGCCCUCAACAUGGGGGGCCCCAGCGUGAGGAGCGAGCCAGCUACAGUCCACACCAUAGGAAGCUACUUUCGCCUAAACAAGGACACCUGCCAUCCCUGGCUGACCAUUUCUGAAGACGGACUUACGGUUGUACGAAGUGAAAGGAGAACCCCCGCCAGGGAGCUGUCACCCAGCGACACUCACUUCACCAGGUGUGUUGCUGUCAUGGGAAAUCUAAUUCCAGUCCGAGGGCACCAUUACUGGGAGGUGGAGGUGGAUGAGCAUUUGGACUACAGAGUUGGUGUGGCCUUUGCAGAUGCCCCUAAACAGGAGGAUCUGGGAGCAAAUUGCCUCUCCUGGUGCAUGAGGCACACAUUUGCAUCAUCAAGGCAUAAGUAUGAAUUUCUGCACAACAGAACAACUCCAGAUAUAAGAAUAACAGUUCCACCAAAGAAGAUUGGCAUUUUAUUAGACUAUGAACAUUCAAAGUUGUCAUUUUUCAAUGUGGACCUUUCUCAGCAUCUAUAUACAUUUAGUUGUCAGCUUCACGAAUUUGUGCAUCCCUGUUUUUCUUUGGAAAAGCCUGGGUGUCUAAAGGUACAUAAUGGCAUUUCAAUGCCAAAACAUGUCACUUUCUAUUAGAACAUUCUGAUGUCCAGUUUCCUGUCUUCCAUGCCUACCCCUCUCGCAGCCACUCACGCCUUAGCUGGCUGAACCUGGCAUUUAAGCACCAUGUGCCCAGCACAAUUUAUGGCUCAUGCUAUUACCUGACUGGUGUGCUAGCGCUCAUUUCACCCAACCUGGAUUCUAGUCCUGUGUGCUGCUACCUGUGUGCUGCUAGGAUAGUCAUUACCAGGCCCAGCUGUAAAAUAAAGGCUCAGACUAAACGAACUCAAAAGUCUUUAAAGCUGUCAAACUAUAUUCGUGUAUGUGCAAAAUAUCUUGAGUUUCCAAGACCUAGAGAGCUUGGGAGAGGAGGAGGGUAGUCUUAAUGGCUCCAGCAGCACCAGUACACCCAUGCAUUUCAUGAGUCAGCCAAGAAUACACUUGAGAAGGCGAGAGGCUGUCUGUAGAGAACCAGGGAAGCUGUGUGCCCUUCUCAAUGUCUUCUACCCUCAUUUUCCCAAUAGUGAGCAGCACUGUGGUGAGGUCCCUUCCACUGUGUACUCUGCAUAAUACCCUGUUCCACUCCUACACAGUAUGCACCACUCUCUAAUUUUGAAAUUACCUCUAUAAUGCCUAAUUCCAUGAAGGGAGGGACAGUGCCUGUUUUGUUCAUUGCUAGAUCACCAAGGGCUAACACAUAACAGCUGUCACCAAGUAUUUGUUGAAUAAAUUAGUAUCUUCUUCAGCCACUGCUCUUUGGCCUCUUACUGCUCUCCAUGUGAAGGAUGGCAGGGCUCUUUCAAAACUACAGCAAAGGACCUAUGGCCAAGAAAUGGGAAAAAACCUAGAAUGGAGGCAGCGUGAAAGAACAGAAGGGCAUCUGUGGCAUAUUAGCAAAUGCGCAACAAUUUUUUAAAAGAAAUUAACAGCCCACCAAAGGGCAAAGCUGAGCACGGGAAGGAAGACUGAUCUCUAGCUAGGCAGCUUUCAGGCAUCCUGCCUCACUGCCCCCAGGCCAUUCUGUGAGCUCAAUGCCCAACUCCAUCAGCUACAUUCCUGGUUCUCCUGUUCAAGUUUCCAGUUGCCACUUAAGCUCUGCACACACAGCAUUUUCAAAGCUUGUGAGUGAAGCUGCAGAAUAAUUCCAUUUGUGAAGCAAUUACAAUUCAGUAUCAUGUCCCACAGAUGCCUCUAAACCCAGAUAUGCCCUAAUCUCAUCAUUUAAGGUUUUGUGUUUAAAAAAAAAAGUCCACUUUUUUUUUUUCUGGCGAAACCCCGUCUCUACUAAAAAUACAAAAAAUUAGCCGGGCAUGGUGGUGGGCGCCUGUAAUCCCAGCUACUCAGGAGGCUGAGGCAGGAGAAUUGCUUGAACCCGGGGGCAGAGGCUGCAGUGAGCCGAGAUUGUGCCACUGCACUCCAGCCUUGGCAACAAGAGCGCAACUCUGUCUCAAAAACAAACAAACAAACAAACAAAAAACCUCUGAUGUUUUCCAGCACAUGCAAAGUCUGACAAACUGAAAGACUCUCAUCUCCUACUAAACUCUGCCUACUCGUAUAAAUGGCAGCUCAGAUUCCUGAAUUAACAAUUCACACUGACAAUUUAAUAACUCGUUAUACACACACACACCUAUCCUGCCAAGCUGGACUGUCUACUCUGAAACAAGGGACAGCAGAUGUAAGCACAGAAAUAGUUCCAGUUAUAAACAAUUAAAAGAUACAUAUCAUGUAUAUUUAAAAAUGUUCUCGGCCGGGCGCGGUGGCUCACGCCUGUAAUCCCAGCACUUUGGGGGGCCAAGGCGGAUGGAUCACAAGCUCAGGAGAUCGAGACCAUCCUGGCUAAUACGGUGAAACCCCGUCUCUACUAAAAAUACAAAAAAAUUAGCCGGCCCUGGUGGCAGGCGCCUGUAGUCCCAGCUACUCGGGAGGCUGAGGCAGGAGAAUGGCGUGAACCCGGGAGGUGGAGCUUGCAGUGAGCCGAGAUGGCUCACAGAUCAAGACUCUAUCUCAAAAAAAAAAAAAAAAAAAAAAAGUUCUCAGCUACUGAAAUAGAAACUACCAAGUAAGAAACAGGAUAUCACAGAGAAGGCAAGUUUGAAUUCAGGGUUCUAAUAGGCUUUAUGGAAUACUACACGUUAGUAUGAACACGGAUAAAUGGAUUAAAAACUCAACACCUAUAAAGUUUUAAUUAAAUUUUUAUUUGACCAAGAAAAAACUGUCUAGAAUUGCCUGACAUUUAAAAUCCACUUAAAGCAGAUUAGCAACUUCAAGCAUCACAAUUAUUCAGCAUAAAGAGCCUUUGUUGAAACAUCUUUCUCAUUUAUUUAGAAGAAAACAUCUAGAACAGAACCAAGCAAAACUUUUGUAUUUUUGUAAAAAAUCUCAAUUCCUGAAACUACUAUAAACAAUCUACUGAAACUGUAUUCAGCAAGGGACAGAUUUACCUCAAGGCCAUGUUCACCUGCAACCUGCUGAUAAGUCUGUUAAAAAACAAAGCAAAAAAAAGAGUUUUUAAAAAUUAGACCACUGUAGCCACAAUCCCUAACACUGGACAGUUAAAACAAAAGUUAUCAAAAUCUGUUCUUUUCUUAGCUUUACCUGUAUCACUUUAUAACUCCUGAGAAAGUCAUUCAUACAAGCUGUGGCCUCCCCACCUUAACAAAGGGGAAAAAGAAUAUGUAAAACCACCACAGAAUCUUGGCGUAAACUAACAUGGGUUUAGUAAUACAGAGUACAGUAUUCAGGAUUUAAGACACCCUUACAAGUCAGAAUUGGAAAGUUGGUUUGAGACUUGCAAUCUAAAAUGACACUGAUUUCUGAUAAAAUUAAAUGACUUUUAUUUAGAAAAGUGUGUUUAAUAAAUUACUUCCUGCUGGUUCAAAUGACACACAAUCACUUUGUAUACUUCCAAUAAGAUAUUUCUGAAGUGUAUACUUGGUCAAAAGUAAAAAGCAGAGCAAAUGCAUGGGCAGUGGGGCCUUCUUCUUAAUACUUCUCAUCCUCCAAAAUCUGUUAAAAUCAUCAUCUUCCACAACUCACACACUGGAAGCUGUCCACAGCACAAUUCACUGUGAUGUGGCAUUCUGUAAAUAAGACUACAUUGGUCUUGAUGCAGGGAGGUUCAGCUACCAGACUGCACUAUAAGAAAAGUCCUCUCCUCAACUUACCAAGACAACUUCGCCAAUUUCUAGUCACCUUCCUAUCAAUUAGUAGAGCAAGAUUCUCACAUGUUCACUAUGUCUUUCUCCAGUUUUCUCAUCUAUAAGUGUACUACUCCUAUUUUCUAUAGAAAGACGAUGGAAAGCGUGUAAUUGCUGUUGGUAGAUAAGUAGGUCUUGAAUUUAUUUUGCAAACAAGACCUGUUCUAUCUACCUUUUCAUUUAGGAGGCUAAAAGCAGAGUCAGCUUGAUUUCAAGGACUCUAUUUUCUUAGUCUCCAGAAGAACAUAACCAAAUCCAGCUUUUAAAACACUGUCCUUUAACAAGUCAAGAUACUCAAAUAAAGAUCAUGUAUAACUUCAAGCUAUAGGAGAUUAACUCUGUACAUAUGCUUGUUUCACUGUAACCAAUGGUUAAUUAAUCUAAAUGCAAGAGAAAAGUUUGUUAUUUGGAAAGAAGACCCCAGCUGGUCAGCAUCUUUUCUGUCAUCAGGAAGUCCCCUGGAAGGAGUAUGACUAUGACCUGGGCACAACAACUGCCCCUAAGUUAGUACUUAUUUUAGAGUUGCUACCGAACAGGUGGUGGUUCUUGUCAAGUAUAUCAUGCCUGACUACUUUACUGCUUGUUUUCUGCUAUCACCAGUUCCAGAAAAAAAAAAAAAAAAAUUAAGCCCAACUCACUAAUUGAUUGCUUUUUCAUUUUCCCAGACUGUGACAGAAUCAUGGUUUUUAGCUCUAUUUUCACCUUACUCAAAUCCUGGAGGAAUUAAACUAUCAUUUAUUUGAAAUGUUACAAAUUAGCCUGCAGCUGAUUCAAACAACAUGUAGUCACUCAGACAUAGCAAAUAAAAAUGUUUUGGUAUAUGAACUUGGA